AUCAACAGCACAUGCAGAUAAAUUAUGUUACAAUUCUAGAUAAUAUUGCUUGUGCAUUUACCAAGACUCUGGGUUUCACGCUUUAUUCUCCAUCACUCAAAUACUAGUACUAUGGGGCGGAUAGACAAUAUAGACAAUCCCAUUGUCAUAAACUUAAUCAAAGAGCCCAGCUACAAAGUUAUAAAAUCAGAAGAAACUGAAACUACCCAUAUUACUUAAAGUACCAACCAAUUCAUAAAAAAUUGCUUCAUCCGCCCCAAAUUUGUAUGAAAGAUAAGGGCCGUAAAAAACGAACCACAUUAGAAGAUUUCAACCUGGACAGAAUGAGAUCAGAUAUAUUGACAAGUCUUUAGAUAGAUAUUUGGGAAUUAAAGGUCGACGUCCAAAAACUUGAAAAUCUUGUCGACUUUGGAAGUUAUACAGGAAAAAACUCGGCGGAAUCAAAUAUGGUAUUUAUCCAUGUUGUCAAUUAAUAUUUCAUGAUAUUUUCCAAGAAAUAUACAAAUAAUAUAUCUUAACAUUAACGAUCAAGAAUUAUAAUUGGACCGCGAUGGUUAUUAUCACCAUCGAAUUCUAGAAUUCUUAAAUGUGAUACAUUUUCCCAGUAUAAGACUAGCGUCACAGGAUGGUCUACCCAAAAUGAAUGAAAUCAACCUUAGAGAAUUUUUGUCUAACGAGAUGCUUUUAUACAAACAAUUUGGUUACCCUGACAAAGGAAGCUAUUGUAUUGACAACAAAUUCAACUGUUGCUUGGGCGGUUGUCAAUUGGCCGGUCCAAGUGAAAUCUACAUAUAUUAGAUACCGCAGUUGCCCAGAACUGCUUUUAUACUCAACCUUACCAAAUCAAGCCAUAUGCGGGUUAAAGUCCAAGUAUUGUUCAGUAUUCUCCGAUUAGGUUUGGAGAGAUUCAUUGCUAAAAAAUAGAAAAUGGUUGAAAAACAAUUCAACUUUAAUAGUUUGAUCAUUCGCUAACAGCAAGUUCUAUGCAUAACCGAUAAAAGUGAAAGAAGGGAUAUGUUCGGUAUAUUCAUCCCUUUGUAAACCCUGUAACCAAGAGGGUUUGUUUGCCGACUUGCCAAAUACUUGAUGGAAACAAAUCUGUUUUGCUCGGGCUGGCCUACUCCAUUUAUCAAAAAGGCCAUUUUCCUAACCAGGCAUGUAAUGGACACAAACCCUGUUCCGCACCAGAAUUUGAUCUCGCGAAUCGGAUUGUGUUAGACGAUUUGGGACAUAGUUGACGAAUGUCGCAUACAUAAUACGUUUGCCUAAUCGGGCAAUGUGUAUUCCUGCAUGGAAUACGCAAAAGUGUUGAGUAUUUUUAAUUUGGUAUUUUGUAAUGGAGCAUAAGAAAAAUAAUUUAUUUUUGUGCAUCUCGUAAAUUCUUAAGUUGAGCAAGAAAAUAUAUGAUCUUACACAC